AUCAGUCACAGUCUAUCAGCCACAAGCUACAGUUUUAAAUCUUACAUUAGAAUGUGAGAGUAGUCAGAGACCUUACAGCCUCUAAAUUAAUGCAGAAAAAGUAAAUCCCCCAAUGCCAUUUAAGAAGGGGAUCCUUUCAUCUGAAGCUUGCUUUCUCUGUUCCAGAAGCAGUUACUUGGAGUAUGCUUACCUUCUGGAAGUUGAGCUGCAGAAUUAGCACCCUUGUUAACAGUCUCAGCACAUAGAACAAAGACUGAAUGGUUUGUGGUUGAAUUGCUGCUUAGUCCCAGAAACACAUCUUGAGGCCAUUGAGCAGAUGCCAUGUGGUUUGGAUGGUUGCUAGGUGUGCUAUAGCUGUGUUGGAGAUAAAGAGGACAUUUUUGUUAAUAAGACUGCCAGUGUACUGCCUUUCAAUGUACCUAAUCAUACUUGCUUAAGGAAAAAACAGAGGACAGAGGCAUUCAAAAGUACAGUGUUUUCUUUGUGGAUGUGCACACAAUACAGGAUUUAGAGCAGAAGUUUGUUUUUCACAGGACAAAACGUGACAAUAAAAGUCUGCUGUUCCUUAACUAAACAGAGGGAGGGGCUUGUGGAUCAGUGAGGAAGAUUAUAUAAUCUGAAGCCUGAACUCUGAACCAUUAAAAUAUCUUCUCCAACCAGUCAGACUGGGAGGACAGGCAGGGAGAUCGACUGGGAAAACUAAGCAUCAGCAGUUGUUGUUUUAACAUAUGCAUACCUUGAAUAUUAACCCUUUUCCUUUCCCACUCUUCUACAGUUGGGUACUGUAGAAACUGUGAAGGAAGGAGCAAAAGGAGGAAGAUUUAAAGUUUAAACAGGAAUCUGAAUAGUUUCCCCCAGGUGCCCUUGGAAAAGUUGUCUGUGGAAAAUAAUACAUUUCAGUAAAGAACUUGUUUAAAUGAGGAAUUGUCCUUUGCAGUUUAGCCACUUUUUAAUGGGGAAUGAGGUAUAGGACAGAUCUCCAGCUCCUUCAUGGAGAAAAUACUGCGGAGACUCAAUGCAAGUUAGUACCAGAAUAAGAGGAAAACUGAAACCAAUCUGAGCUUACACUCUGCAGCUGUAGUGAUAUUUAUGACUCAAGAACAUUUUCAGUCUAGAUGUCUCUCCUGGUUUCUCAGGGGAUGAAAGUCCACAUGACAGAGCUAUUUCACUAAUACUAUUUUGCCAACUUCUGCCAGUCUCUGUAGAGAGAUCAAGCAAUGCAGAAAAUCACUGCUGGUUUUCACCAUUUUGCACACGUGGACAGUAAAUGCCAGCUGAAAGAAUAACCCCAGAAAGAAGUUUCGGAUGUAAUGGUGUACAAAUAUAUUGCUAUGCAGUCUCUCUUAUGGAUGAUUUAACUAUUAUGUUUCGGUAUCUAAAGCUAUUGUCUCUACCGCAGCUAAAAGUUUCUCACAACAAGAUAAUAUAUGCAGCACCAAAGGGUUAACAGGAGUAGGUAGGUUUUGCUCAGACAGUUGGCAGAGAUCAUAUAAUCUUCUAUAUCUUCCCAAAGCUACCUGUGUCCUGUUGUUGACUGUGAAAUGAACUUUGUCUCUCAACAAUAGGUGUUGUGUUGUUUCCUCUUGUAAUGCACCUGCCUCUCACUUGUGUGAAGUAGGUAAGCAAAUAAUCUUGUACAGACUCAUAUAACCAGGAGUCAGGAAUCUGAAACUCUUAAUACAAGAUUUUUCAGUGAUAGGGGAGGGCAGGCCAACAGCUGGGACUUGCAUACACGGGUUGGGUGGGAAGAAGGACCCCAGAACUAAAAUGCCGAGGAACUAAGAUGGUGUACCUGGUAGAAAGCUUUUUCAGCAUCUGAAGUCUUAGGGGGUCCCCGCCCGAAGACUCUUUGCUUUGUCUGUCUCUGUCAUCACCGGGUGAGCAGCGGGUGUGUGGAAGCCAGGCAGACCCGUUUUACAAGUGUGUGCCUAUUUGUCAGCUCCCGUGUUGGACAUACACUCAAGGGAUCACCCUGAGGAGACAGCUGAGAAGACCUUGAGGAGUAAAGAAUUGAAGGUGGGCCGGUCUGGGGUAGGAAAAUCAGUAAGGAGGAACUUAGUCAUAAGAAUUACAACCACACAAGGUAACCAGCGUUAUCAGGAGUGGCCUCCUACAAGCUGGGAACUGGCAGCAGGCAAGCUUCAGGAAAAGACUACUGCAGGGCAAGAGAAGUGGUGUAAUUCAGAAGAGGUUGAAGACCCACUUGCGUGUAUUUGAACAUGGAAAGGGAUGUAAAAAGAUUCACACGCAUGCUACUGGAAUGUAACAGCAAUGACAAGCUAUGUGUUGUGCGUGAAUAUCAGACUGAAGUGAUUGUUGUCCCAGUUCUCCUUGUGGGUUUUUUUGUCAUCGUGCUAACUGUGAUCCUUUGGCUCCACUGUCGAGGCUUGCGAGCAAAGCAGGAGCAGUCAUCAUCAUCAUCUGGACACCAAGUGAAUGACAAGAAUCAGCAGGAAUCCAGCUCAACAGAGAACUGCUAUAUCCAGCUGAGUGAGACAUCUGUGGAGAGCCUGCUAAAUUCUGCGUCUUUGACUCUGAAGGAACUGGAGAUACCGCGAGAGAAACUCUUAGCAGGCACCUUGCAGCUGCUAAAACAUGGUCGCUAUGGGAGCAUCUACAGAGCACAGCUGGAAACUGGGAGCCCCGGGAAGACUAAGACUGUAGUACUGAAAGCCUUACAAGACCUGGCUAGUCCCCAGGAAGUAAAGGAUUUCCUGGGAAGGAUUAAAUUCCAUCAAAAUCUUGGCCAUCAUGAGAACUUGGUUGCAUUGGUUGGAUGCUGUGUCGACCAGCUCCCACUUUAUAUGAUCAUGGAAGAUGUGUCUCUCGGUGACCUGUUGACAUUUCUGUGGACAUGUCGGAAGGAUGUAAUGACAAUGGAUGGUAUCCCCUACGACCUCACUGAGAGGCAGGUAUAUGAAGUUGGACAGCAGGUUGCAGCAGCUCUGGCUUACCUUGAAGAGAAGAAGUUGUUCCAUGGUGACAUUGCUGCCAGGAAUGUCCUCCUUCAUCACAACUUCACUGCUAAGAUCUGUGGUUUGGGUCUGGCCUAUGAAACUCACACGUAUGGAGCCAACUCAGUCACGCAGAUUGUGCCAGUCAAGUGGCAGGCACCAGAGCGGCUCAUGAAGAAACCCCCCAGCAUUAAGGCAGACAUAUGGUCUUUUGGAAUUCUACUGUAUGAAAUGAUUACAUUAGGUGCUCCACCGUAUCCUGAGGUGCCACCUUCUGACAUUUUAUCAUACCUGCAGAGACAGAACAUUAUGAAGCAGCCCUCAAGCUGCCAGCAAGCCAUGUACGGCAUCAUGAAGUCCUGCUGGCAGUGGAAUGCAACUAACCGGCCUUCUCCAGCAGACCUGAUUUGGUCCCUACAAACAGCUAUAAAGACCAGCAGUGACCACGCAGUGCUGCAGGUGCCUGAGCUAGUGGUGCCUGAACUCUAUGCUAAUGUUGCUGGUGUUGAUGUGCACAGUCUAGUGAGGGAAUACACUAUACUCUGAAGGACCCUUUCACAUGGUGGUAAAGGAGAAGUAUCUGAGUUUGCCCGUUUCAGACACUUUGCAAACUCAGAAUAAGGUGUGUAUGUUGGGAGGGAUGCGUUUGUUUUUCAGACACUUUAUAUAUAUCAGAUCUCUCCUUCAUGCCAGAAACAACAAACUAUUAUUAUUAUUAUCCUUAUUACAUCAAUCUGUUGAUAUCGUUCUGCCAGUGGUCAUUUGGAAGCAAAUUGGGUUUAGGAAGCUGAGAAACUUGAGUUAAAGGGAGUGUAUUGGAUUUUCAUGGCAAGGUUUUGGUAGCUGGGGGGCUACAAGGGUGGCUUCUGUGAGAAGAUGCCAGAAGCUUCACCAUGUCUGAUAGAGGCAGUUCCAGCUGGCUCCAGGACAGACCCACUGCUGGCCAAGGCCAAGCCCAUCAGCAACGCUGGUAGCACCUCUGUGAUAAUG